UUCUAAUUUUUUAAUCUUUUCGUUUUGCUUGUUCGUUUCGGGUGCAAAUGGCGGGUCGGGGCAAAACUCUCGGAUCCGGAGCGUCGAAGAAGGCAACCUCGAGGAGUAGCAAGGCCGGGCUUCAGUUUCCGGUGGGUCGUAUCGCUCGGUUCCUCAAGGCUGGAAAAUAUGCUGAGCGAGUCGGAGCUGGAGCUCCGGUUUACCUCGCCGCCGUUCUGGAAUAUCUCGCCGCCGAGGUUCUCGAGCUCGCCGGAAAUGCAGCGAGAGACAACAAGAAGACCCGAAUCGUGCCACGCCACAUCCAGCUCGCGGUAAGGAACGACGAAGAGCUGAGCAAGCUGCUCGGCAGUGUGACGAUUGCCAACGGCGGUGUGAUGCCUAACAUCCACAACCUCCUCCUCCCAAAGAAAACCGGAACCUCCAAGGCCGCCGGUGGCGAUGUUGAUUAAAUAAGAUGAGUUUAGAUCUUACCCAAAUCCAUGAACAAAUCAUUCUUUCCCCCCCCCCCUUUCAGGGAUUUUGCCAUCUGAUUGCUGUUCCAUUAGUAUACUUCGUAGUUUAGUUAGUAACAUCUUUGUUAGGCUUUUUUUAUAUAUUAAUGUGAAUACAAAUCAAA